UGGAUUUAGCAUGCGUAGAAACAAUCGUGUAGAUCUUUAAGCAUUUGAAGAAGCUUAUUUAGAGAAAUAUAAAUGGUUUUGAAGCUUGCUAAACUCAAUAAGAAAUAAUUGAGGCCCGACAAGAAGUAUCUUGAAUCGUGGACAGGUAUUUACAGGGAGGCACCGAGGGAAUAUUUUGGCGUUCAGCGUGACAUGUGUUGUGUUUGCUCACUGCUUCAUUGGAUCCUUUGAACUUGAUAAAUUCGUUGUAAAGAUGGUUCAUUGUCGUUGCACUCUUUCUAACCCAAUAAAAAGUAUCUGAAACAAGUUCCUUCAUUCAGGACUCGACACGUUGGCAGUGUACGAUAUCUUCAAGCAAGCUCAUCUUGUAGUAAUUCUGUUAUUAUAAUUGAUGCGUUACGACGGCCAAUCUAUUUUGAAGGUGAUUAUGAGCUGCACCAAGAAAACUCAAGAUGAUGCUGUUUCCAGUGAUGCGAAACUACAAGCUGAAAUGAUUCCCAGCAAAGAAACUUCAACUAUGGAAACGAUCAAUAAAAGCAAUGGCACCCUGCCAAUCCCCAUGAUUCCAGAAGAUGACAUGGAUGAAAGCGAAGAAGGAUUUCCUCUUAUUACGUCAGUAUUUUCCCUGGCUUCCUCCGAAUCGUCAGAUUCCCAAAAAUCACCGGGAAAAGAGUCAACGGAAAUGACGUCACGAAAAGAUUCGCCUCCUUCGGUAAGUCUUGCUACGGGUGGUUCUCCUACACGUAAUGGGGGUAACGUUUCUCCUCGUCUCUUCAGACCGCUUGCUGCUAGUAAGCCAAAACCAGCCGUUGACAAUAAAACAGGUCCAGAUAGAAACAAUGCUCCUUAUUACGUGGGGAAAGGGAAAUUGAUUCUUCCAARACCAAAAAUAGAAGACAAUAAAACACAAGCCUCGUUGUCUCAAUCGACUAUGGCGUUUAGCCAGAUUAUGAGCUUCGGCCCUCAAAAUAACAAUACUAUCAACAGUUCAACGACUACUGUGGGUAAGGAAGGCACUAGCCAAGCCCCUGUAAUGAUGACACGAAGCGCUGCUCAUAAGAUUAACUCUCAGCCAAAUACCCAAGUAGGAAGCUCUGUUACUGGAAUUGCAGCACCAGUGUACCAAACCCAAUCUAUCCCAGCAACCUCUACCAGUCAACCAAAAGUAGUGAACUUAGAUAACACGGUUCAGUUCCUCAAUGUUAAAAAUGCACCAGGUCAGGCUACCUUUCCUGUACGCACACCAAAUACCAGUUCUGAAAGUGCAUUGUCGUCCUCGGUGUUAAGUUCAAGUUCACCGCUUGCAAAGUUAAUAAAAAGCAUUAGUCCAAACACUACGUUAACUAAUGUCAGUCUAACUCCGACAACUACUGUUGCCAGCACGACGCACGCGCCAGUAGUAGUGACACCAGUUGUGUCAGCUCCUGGUAAUUCUCAAAUGUGGUCAGCACGACCUAUAAACAUUGCGCCUGCGCCAGUACAACAAAUGGUUGCUUCAACACCUUCCGUCAACACCGGAAACGCUCCACGUUAUGUUGUGGUAUCAAAAACAGGAGUUUCUGCGUCUAAUAUUCCUGUUACUCAAGUAGUUUCUGCCAAGGGAGGAGGUGUGAACAUACCAAAAGUUUUCAUGGUGCCCAAUACUGCGUCCACUCAAGGGGCUAAACCCGGAACACAGGUUUUAUAUCUAUUUGAAAACCAGGGCGCGGGUGAUGGGAAAACAUAUCGGAUUUUAAUUCCGGAUCGAAAAGUGGCAGGACAACCCACUACCACUGUCCCUUCACAAAGUCCAGUUCCUAUUAUAACUUCAAAUAAUGGAAGCAUUGUAUCAAACACUCAGCUGGUGAGAAUCAUUCCAAAACCAGUAACGACAACCGUGGUGAAUCAACAACCGAAAGUCCCUAUAGUGACCCAAACAGCAAGUCCCACUGUGGUGAACUUGAAUACAAAAAAGGCAGCAACAGUACUGAAUGCUAGUAGUACUACAAUAGCAUCGACAAAGGUUUCUACACAAAAACCCACAGAGAAAGGUCCAACAGCUGAGAAGUCUUCUAGCGAGAUACCGACAUCAGCGCCGAGUCCUUCUGAAGAUGCCGAGCCUAGUGUAGAGUCUAUUGAUACUGGGCUUAGCCCCCAUGAGGCUAGAAUUCAAAAACUGAAAGAACUGCUUAAGAAACAAGAAGAAGCCAUUGAUCGGUUGAAACAAAAGAGGCAAAAAGAAAUCGACGAUGUGAGAGCUCCGCCAGUCGAAAGCUCAAAUUCCGAGGGUGCAACAAGCAAGAGGGACAGCCCAUUUGCUGUUCCAUUGCCACCUAAAAAGGCACGGUUAGACCAAUACAGAAGCAAGCUGAGCGAAACGAACAGAACUGUCCAAGAUGGAUUUUUGCCCAAUACUGAUGAUACCCAAUUCGUUAAACUGGUCGGACUAGAGAAAGUCGUUGAUAAACUUAAAGCGAAGAAGAUGCAAGAACUUAAAGAAGUUCAAGCACUUAAUUCUUUAGGCAACAACACGACUUCAUGAAGAUACGAAAUUUUCAGGUGACGGAUAAUAGAAAAGGGAAGAUCAUUAUUUGUCAUGUAACAUUAGACGGUGGGAUUCAACAGAGACGCGCAACUUUAAGRCGCGAAUACCCAUUCGGUAUGUUACGAUUAUUUGACUACCAUGACCAAAAUGCUUUGCUCGCUAUCGAUUUUCAGUGCUGUUCCUUUCCUUAUGAGGGAACGAAAAAAUAAUAAUAAGAUAGUAAAGGGAGCAUUUUGACAAUUGGUAGUCAUUAUUAGAUGAUUUGACUUCGCAAGAAAUGAAUACCUUGUGAAUUAAACGCUAUGUGACGUCAUUUGUAUGAAAUAUGUCUUCCGCUUUGGAAAGUUUAGUGAUAUUACCUAAAAAAAAAAAAAAAAAAAAAA